AUGGGGGCCCCCAGGCCUGUGCAUCCCCGGCAGCAGCAGCGGUCUUCGCUGCUGCUGCUGCUGCUGCACCCCCUGCUGCUGCUGCUGCUGCUGCUGCUGCUGCUGCCUGUCUCCGCCUUAGACGAAGAAACUCGAAGGAGACUGCAGCGCAGCAGAGCCACCAACGUACUGUGGACAGACACUGUAGUUGCUGCUGCUGAAUGGAGACGUUAUGAUUUCCCUAUAUAUGUAGAGGGUCCUGGUGUGUUGCUGGGGCCCCCUCAGGGGCCCCCUGGGGGGCCCCCUGGGGGGGCCCCCGAAGGUUCUGCUGCUGCGCUGCUGCAGCAGCAAGUGUUCGUUGCUGUGCGUGGCCUCGACGGCAGCGGCUUUUGGUAUAAACUAACGAGCCCGUGUGGGGUGGAGGAGACGAUCCCCGGGCGGGGGGAGACGAUCCCAGUGCAGGAGGAGACAGUCUCCUUGCUCGUAACAACGAGUUUCUCUAUAACAGACGGAACAGAAAGAAAAGUAUGGAGGGCCCGCAUACUACCGCCAGAGGAGACAGAUCCAUAUAAAAAAGAGAGACAGAUGGGGGCCCUUGGCUUCGCUGUGCUGCAGCAGCAGAGACGCACCUUCAUGCAGCUCUUAUACUUAGAUAAUCUCUUCCCCCACAGACGAACACCCUUCAGGGACAGUCCUCCUGCUGCUGCUGCUGCUGCUGCUGCUGCUGCUGCUCCCGCUGCUGCUGCUGCUGCUGCUGAUGUUUCUGCUGCUGCGGAUGUUUCUGCUGCGGAGGCCUCUCCAGAGAGCUUGCAGCGACCGCUGCAGCGACAGCAGCAGCAGCAGCAGCAGCAGGAUAAUGCAUCUGCCGCAGCAGCAGCAGCAGCAGGAGCAGCAGCAGCAGCAGGAGCAGCAGGAGGAGGAGGUGUAUGCGAGCGUUUUUCCCCUUUUGGUGGUAUGGCAUCACGAAGUGUCUCCUUUUCUGUUUCUUCUCUGCUGCAGUUUCCGGGGUCUCCUUUUUUGUUUGUAUUGGAUUUGUUUCCGCGAGAGAUAACCCAGCUAAAGGGACAGAUGCUAGCAGCAGGGCGAGCCCGUGUCUCCCCCACCAGUCCCCUUGUUGUUGUUAUGCUGCCCCCCAGUAGGUUUAUAAAGCCCCCUCAGCAGCAGCAGCAGCAGCAGCAGCAGCAGCAACAGCAGCAGCAGCUGCUGCAGCAGGAACAGCAACUGCAACAGCAGCUGCAGCGACAGCAACUGCAGCAGCUGCAGCGGCAGCAACUGCAGCAGCAAAAGCAACUGCAGCAGCUGCAGCGACGGCAACUGCAGCAGCGACAACAACUGCAGCAGCAGCAGCAACUGCAGCAGCAACAGCAACUGCAGCAGCAGGAACAGCAACGACAGCAGCAGCAAUACUGCUCGCAGCAGCGUUUAUACAAACAGCUAAAGACUUACCCUUAUUGGUGCAGCAGCAGCAGCAGCAACAUGGACACCAGAAGCAGCACAAGCCACGUGGCCGUUGCGCCGCGAGGGCCGUGUCAGGGCCCAUCGAGUGAUACAGUCAUACAGAAACCUGCAGCAGCAGCAGCAACAGCAGCAGCAGCAGCAGCAGCAGCAAGCAGUAGCAGUAAAGGCAGCAGUGCGAGCAGCAGUAGCAGCAGCGGCAAAAGCAGAAGCAACAGUAGCAGCAACAGCAGUAGCAGCAGCAGGAGUAGCAGCGACAACAGCAGCAGCAGCAGCAGUAGCAGCAGCAGCAGUAGCAGCAGCAGUAGCAGCAGCAGUAGCAGCAGCAGCAGUAGCAGCAGCAGCAGAGACAGGAGACAGAGACAGGAGACAGAUAUAUAUAUAAGAGGAGACAGAGAGAGGAGAAAGGAGACAGAGACAGGAGACAGAAGGAGACAGCAGAGAGAGAGAGAAAGGAGACAGAUACAGGAGACAGAGAUAUAUAAAAGAGGAGACAGAAGGAGACAGGAGACAGAGACAGGAGACAGAGACAGGAGACAGAGACAGGAGACAGAGAGACAUAUAGGAGGAGACAGAAGGAGACAGCAGAAAGAGAAAGGAGACAGAGACGGGAGACAAAGGAGACAAAAGGAGACAAAAGGGGAGACAAAAGAGGAGAUAAAAGGAGACCGCAAAGGAGACAAAAAAGGAGACAAAAGGGGAGACAAAAGGAGACAAAAAGGAGACAAAAACUUGCUGCGCCUCUGGCAGCAGCUCAUCGCAGAUGACCACAUAAUCUGCGUUGUCUCCUCGCGGCAGCAGCGACCCGUUGCCAACCCUCACCAGCAUCCUGCAUGCACGCAGCAGCAGCAGCAGCAGCAGCAGCAGCAACAGCAGCAGCAGCAGGAGCAGGAGCAGAAGUUGCAACGUAUAGAGAAGGGAAACAGAGGCAGCAGCAACGGGUAUACUGCUGCAGUAAAAGAUGCAGCAGGAACACAAGCAGCAGCAGCAUCAAACGCAGCAACAGCAACAGCAACAGCGGCAGCAGCAACAACAGCAACCGCAGAAACAGCAGCAACUGCAGCAACAGCAGCGACCGCACGAACAGCAGAAACAACAGCAACAACAACAGCAGCAGCAACAGCAGCAGAAACAAUAACAGCAACCGCAGCAACAGCAGUAGCAACAGCAGCAGCAGCAGCAACAACCGCAGCAACAGCAGCAACAACAGCAGCAGCAGCAGCAGCAGCAGCAGCAGCAGCAGCAGGGGCUCACCGGAUGAGCAGCAGCAGCAGCAGCAGCAGCAGCAGCAGCAGCAGCAGCAGGAGUAGCAGCAGCAGCAGCAGCAGAGCAGCAGCAGCAGCAGCAGCAGCAGCAGCAGCAGCAGCAGCAGGAGUAGCAGCAGCAGCAGCAGCAGCAGCAGAUUCAGAUCGUGGCUUCGUAGAAUCAUUGCAGCAGCAGCAGAAGCUGCAGCAUACUCUGCAGGCAGCAGCAGCAAUGUUCUUAUGGCAGCUACUAUACACUGCAGCAGCAACAGCAGUAGCAGCAACAGCAGUAGCAGCAACAGCAGUAGCAGCAACAGCAGUUGCAGCAACAGCAACAACAACAGCACCAGCAGCAGCAACACCGGAAACAACACCACCACCAGCAGCAGCAACAGAAACAACAGCACCACCAGCAGCAGCAACAGAAACAACAGCACCACCAGCAGCGGCAACAGAAACAACAUCACCAGCAGCAACAGCAGCAGCAGCAGCAACAGCAGCAGCAGCAGCAGCAGCAGCAGCAGCUGACUCUUCUAGGACUUUGUUAAGUUUUGCUUCCAUGGUAGUGUGGGGUUCAGGCCAGACACGGAAGGUCCGCAGAAUAAAGUCCACUGCCGCCUCCUUCACUAUAAACACCUCAGCUAGCAACGCACACAAAAACUGCAGCAGCAGCAGCAGCAGCAGCAGCAGCAGCAGCAGCAGCAGAGGAGGAGGAGGAGGAGGAGGUGGUGCAGGAGUAGCAGCAAUAGGAAAACAGCAGCAGCAGAAGCGGCAGCAGGAACAGCAGCAGCAGCAGCAGCAGCAGCAAGAGGAAAGGAUGUCGAGAUUUGGGGUUUAG